GGACGUGUACGUGCGAAAUAAGCCGGGUGAGGAGUUUCACUCGGGAAAUAUCCGAGAUUUUCUGGAGGAUGUGUUAUAUAUAAAUUCGGACCUCCAUCUCAGUCAAGAAAAGUUACUCUUCAAGACUGUGGUUUCUAUAUUUGAAAAUAUGGCUGGUCGAGGAAAAGUUGACAACAUGGCUCCUGUAUCUGCCAAAGGAGAAAAAAGAAAGGAACAAUUCAAUUCCAUGAUGGCGAAAAGAUUUGGUUCAAGUGGCAGAGAUGUGGCGGCUGAGCUGCGCACUAUUGCGGACGCCUUAGAAGAAACUCUCGAGUUUCAGCGUUUGAUGGGUAAAAGACCAAGAACAGAAGAUCUAGAGGAUCGAAUCCUUUCGCAACUAGCGGAUUUAAAAUCCAAAGGCAAUAAGGUGAACGGCCUACUCGACGGCCAUACACCCCGUCUACCGACUCCAUCUCAAGAGAGGUCUGUGUCUAGAGAUGCCUUGCGUCGUACUAAUCGGUCGGUGAACCUCAACGGAAUGCAUGAUGGGCAAUCCGAUCCUAGAUCAUAUGGAAGAAGUGCUGCGGAGCGGCUACCACUAACUAGACACUUUUCCGAAAACGAUGUUCCUCAUGAAAUUGUGCGCCCAGGCUCCACGCAACCAGAUCGCUCAAUGACGCCCCAACCCGCCAAGGCGGCAGCCUUUCCCUCUGUUAGAUCAAUGACCCCACAACCAACCCCCACGAGUAUCCAUUUUCCCUAUCGUUCAGAAGUUCGGCAACAUAGCCAGCCACCGUAUGCUCGUUCUCCAGGCUAUACAUCUAUCAUCGCUCGUGGUGGUCAAGAUCGACAUCGAAGUCGGCCACCACCACCCUCUCAGCGCUUAUACGAAGUACCUGACCCCCCGCAAACAUAUGGUUUCAAUUUCCCUCCACAGCUUGAGCCGAAUCCAUAUUACCGACCCCAAAUCAUGUCCCCUGCUGAGCGUGCUUCCCAAAAGGAUCGGUUUUCUCGAAUGUCCGAAGAACGUAGGGGAAGAAGAAUAGAGCCUACUUCAAGACCAAAGCAGCACGAGACGAUAUACCAGGUUGACUCGAAUAUCAUUGAACGAGAGUAUGAUCCCGAGAAAGACGAAGAUGCUGAAUCUAUCGGAUCCUUGGACCAUGUCCAGUCGUUCUCAUUGCCUCAAACAAUCAAACCUCAGAACAGAGUCGCUUGGAAUGGGUCAUUCAGAUGACAAAACCCAGGUGUUUACAUGGAGUAUUCUACAAAAACCACACGUUGAAAAUUCAUCAUAAACUCUACCCUAGUUGGAAAGUGAAGCACCUACACUUUAUUCUAGGUGCCGUUGUCUUUCCCUUCCACAAGUGUAUAUCACUCGCUUUCUCUCUUUGUGGCAUCCAGAAACUUAUCAACAGCUCACAGCAAAGAAUGACACUCUGAUGUAUCAUCAGGCCCACAUCACUUUUCUUGACUUUCUAUCCACAAUGGCAGGAGAGAAAAACGAAAAAUCAAAUGUUCAAACCCGAGGGAAAAUGUAGCUAUAGUCACCAGCUAUAUUAUUGAAGCUAUCAAACUAUGAUAAGUGGAGUUGGUAAUACUGGUGGGUAGAUCAGGUGUCUUUGGGUUGUCGUGGAACAAAUAAGAAUGUGUAGGUUUCCAGAGGUCUUGAGAAGAGCAGUGGUUGUUGGAUUUGGUUCAGAAGGUACCUUCGGGCCGACAGUCAUCCGAAAGUCUGUGCAGGAGAGCGUUCUUGACCAUUAUUUCUUAAAAAGAAAAAUAGCUCCUUCAGGGAGCUCAUUAGAUUACACAACACAAUGUAGCA